AUGGAGCAACUAGCACAGCAAUACAUCGACUCGACAAAUGUGACGCCUCGCUGGCUACCAGGAGGCGACGCAUUUUGGUAUAAGCAGAAUAUCUCACCUGCCAAAUGCCAGUUUCUCUUAGUUGAUGUCCGUGGAAAGAUUCGCGAGGUAGCGUUUGAUCACAAGCAACUCGCUGAGGCUCUGCGCGAGAAGACAAACGAAGAGAUUGACCAAUUCUCUCUUCCUUUCAACUGGAUUGAACCGGUCCCAGACGAAUCAUGUGUCCGAUUCCGCUUCGACAAUCGAAAGUGGCAGUUUGGGCCAAAUAGUCAAUUCGAAGAGUGGGAGGGACAAUUCACCACUGAACCAGAUCACCUGCUCCAAAAAGAAGUCAUUUCUGCAAAUAGUGACACUAAAGUCACCGUCGAUUUUGUGAAUCGUACAGGCAAAACCCUCAGGGUGUUUUGGGUCGAUUGGAAAGCAAAAGCUAUUCCAUAUAUGUCGAUCAGGAAUGGCGAAACAAAACGACAGAUUACAUACGUGGGCCAUGUUUGGCGACUGGUAGAUGUGUCGAACGAAAAAUCCAGGGCAGUCUAUUCAGCACCUGACGAGGGAAAUCAUGUCGCUAUCAUCGAGCAUCUCAGUGACUCUAUCCCUGAGGCAUCUCCGCCCAGCGACGAUGAAGAUUCUGAAACUGAUGAAGAACCAACGGAGCCCGAAAACGGCCCAUGUCUCUAUGUCAGAGACUUCAACGUAUGGUACAAAAAUGAGAACGAUGAAGCCUUUCAACUGUCUGAGAAAGGAAACGAAGAGAGCCCUUACGACAAAAGACGCUUAUACAUAUCGCCAGACAAGCAGCAUGCAGUCGCAUGGCAGUAUACCCCGGGGCAAGACCGCAAGAUCAACCUGGUGGAAUCAUCUCCAGAAGAUCAGAUUGAGCCAAAACUUCACACAAAGACAUAUCUCAAACCAGGUGACCGUGUCAGGGUCGACAGACCUCGACUCUUUAACCUCAACACUCAUAGCGAAGUUGCAAUUGACGAUUCGCUUUUCAGGGACCCUUACCAAGUGAGCAAUCUGGAAUGGAAUCCUAACAGCCAGGAAUAUCUCUUUUAUUUUAACGAACGUGGCCAUCAACAUACUAGAUUGAUUGGUAUCAAAGUUGACGGGAGUGUCAGGACGCUCGUGGAAGAGAAGAGCCGCACAUUUGUAGACUAUACUAAGUCAUACUUUAAGCUCCUCAGAGACUCUGAUGAACUCAUCUGGGCUAGUGAGCGCGGCGGAUACAAUCAUCUGUAUCUGAUCGACCUCAUAACUGGCUCAGUCAAGAACCAGAUCACAAAAGGGUCAUGGAUGGUCAAUUUUGUAGAGUCUGUGGACAAAGAUCAUCGUCGAAUCUGGGUGCGAGGCCAUGGACUGAAGGACGGUGAAGACCCCUAUCACGCACAUCUAGCAAGAGUCAAUUUCGAUGGGUCAGAUUUCAAGGUUCUCACAGAUGGAGAUGGAACUCACUCUUGGUCUUUCUCUCCAGACAAACGCUACUUGAUAGACACUUGGUCAAGGGUAGAUUGCCCACCGACAACAGUUCUUCGUGAAAGCGAGUCUGGAGAAGAGAUAAUGACACUCGAGAAGACGGAUUCGAAAGAUUUGGAAGAUAAGGGAUGGUCUUCUCCCGAGAGGUUCGCUUCCCCUGGCCGGGAUGGCAAGACACUUAUAUACGGAAUGAUCAUUCGACCCGUCGACUUUGACAGCACCAAGAAAUAUCCCGUGUUUGAUGAGACCUAUGCUGGGCCUCAUAACUUUCGGGUCCCCAAAGCAUUUUCAACUCUCUCAGAUCGACGGCGAUGGGCAGAUGAAGGGUACAUCGUCGUGGUCAUUGACGGAAUGGGUACAAACUGGCGAAACAAAAGCUUUCAUGAUGUCUGCUAUAAGAAUCUUCACGAUUCAGGACUUCCAGACCAUAUCGCUUGGUUGGAAGCUGCAGCAUCUUCACGACCAUGGAUGGACCUCUCUCGAGUGGGAAUCAUGGGCGUUUCAGCAGGAGGACAAAACGCUGUAGCAGGAAUGCUUCACCACAGUGAUUUCUUCAAAGCCGGUAUAGCAGAUUCAGGUUGUCAUGAUAACCGCAUGGAUAAGUUAUGGUGGAACGAAUUGUGGAUGGGAUACCCAGUGGAUGAGGCAUAUGAGAAAGCAUCUAACAUAACUCACGCCAAGAAACUCAAGGGGCCCUUGAUGCUGAUUGCUGGAGAUAUGGACGAUAAUGUCGAUCCAUCUUCAACGUUUCAAAUGGUGAAUGCCUUGAACAAGGCGGGUAAGAAUUAUGAGUUUCUAUUUAUUCCUGGUGGUGGACAUGGCUGUGGGGGAGAGAAGUAUGGUCUUGCUCGCCAAAGGGAAUUCUUCAAGCGUCAUUUGCAGCAAGAGUCUGAGUAUCGAGUUGACAUCCCGCCUACGUACCUUAUGUUUGGCCAAACUCCUCAAUUGAGGCGCUUUCCUUUGCGUUUGUAUUGGGAACCGUUACAACCCCCUGCCCUCUCUCAUCUCUUCUUCUCUAUGAAGAUCUCGUACUUGUCCGUUGGGCUUCUCGCCCUCUUUAGCCCCUUGGUAGCCGCCUGGAGCAAAGAAGAUCGCGAAAUCUUUCGCAUUCGAGAUGAGAUCUCAAAGUAUGAGACCGAUCCCGCUGCGACCUUCUACGACAUCCUCGGCGUCCCUCCCUCUGCUUCGCUCGAUGAUAUUACCAAGGCCUAUCGCAAGCAGACCCGAAAUCUGCACCCGGACAAGGUCAGACAGGGAAUGCGAUCCAAGGCUGGAAAGGACAAGAAGGCCGGCGCAAAGACUAAGCCUCCUACCAAUGCUGAGAUCAAGGCUGCUGUGAAGAAGGCCGGCGAGGCUCAGGCUCGUCUCUCCCUCAUCGCUAACAUCCUUCGUGGCCCCGAGCGCGACCGAUAUGACCAUUUCCUGUCCAAUGGCUUCCCUCUCUGGAAGGGCACCGACUACUACUACAACCGAUACCGCCCCGGCCUGGGCACGGUCAUCGUUGGCCUUUUCCUCGUUGUAGGUGGUGGUAUUCACUACCUCACUUUGUACAUGAGCUGGAAGCGACAGAAGGAGUUUGUCGAGCGCUACAUCAAGUUCGCCCGCGACACCGCUUGGGGUGGUGGCCUUAACAUCCCUGGCGUCGACACAGCUCCUGCUCCAGCCCCUGUUGCAUCUCCCGCGCCCGCUAGCGACGAGGAAGAGGCUCCUCCUCUGCCCCAGAACCGACGAGAGCGCCGUAUGCAGGAGAAGGCGGCCAAGCGCGAUGGUGCUCGUCCUGCUAAGAAGACGCGCCGUGCUGCUCAGGCUUCCUCUGGAACUGCUACUCCUACCCCUGCUGCUGGACCUACUGGUGCUCGCAAGCGAGUUGUUGCUGAGAAUGGCAAGAUCCUUGUUGUUGACUCCCUUGGUGAUGUUUACCUCGAGGGAGAGGAUGAGGAGGGCGAGGUCCAUGAGUUCCUCCUUGACCCCAACGAGCUUGCCAAGCCUACCAUCAAGGAUACCGCAGUCUUCCGCGCACCCAUCUUCCUGUUCAACAUCACUGCCGGCCGCUUCCUUUCCAAGAAGCCCACCGACCUCGAGAUCGAGAUCCCCGCUGAGGAUGAGGACUCUGAUGUUCCCCAGCCCACCCCCAGCACUGACUCCGCCGGCGAGGACUUUGAGCUUCUUGACAAGAGCACCGAUUCUCUCACCAAGGCCAAGGCUUCUGGCGCUUCGCAAGGCAAGGCUAGCAAGCGCAAGGGCAAGAAGAGGUAAACUUUGGGAGUGCUUUCUAACAAAAGUUGACUGGGGCUGGGAGUGGAUGGAGUUGGUGUGAAACGGGGAGGAUGUAUUUUGUCAAAAGGACGGUUAAAUCUUAAAUGCUUGCCAUGUUAUAGUAGAUGUCAUUCAUGAAAAGGACUAGAUUUGGGAUAUGCCUUGUGUUCAGACUCUCUGCUUUGGGCCUUCAUGUGCCGACUAUCAGUGAUAUUUUGGGAUGGUCUUAGUCAAUUGGAAUAAAGAUGACUUGUAGACAAGAAACCUCGUAUUAUACCAA